AUGGGCCUCCUCACCUUUCUCGGCCUCCGCCGGGAAAACCAGUGGGAACGCCUCACUCUCCUCGACCAGUUCCUCCUCUCGCCAUUGACCUUCAUCACCAUCAACAUAUACCAUUUCUUGCUCUUCCUCCGAGGACAGCCGUUCGUGCCUCCGCGGGGACGACCUGCCAUCCGCGUAGUCUGCAUAUCCGAUACCCACGAACAAUUCGUCGACAUUCCCUCUGGCGACAUUCUCAUCCACGCCGGCGACUUGACCCAGUCCGGGGCCGCCGAGGAUAUCCAGAAGCAGAUCGACUGGCUAAAGAGCCAGCCUCACAAGGUUAAAAUCGUCGUUGCAGGAAAUCAUGACAGCUGGUUUGACCCGCGUAGCCGCCUGGACCAGGACAUCAAGGCCAACGCGGCGGUGAAUCUGGACGGGCUGCUUUAUCUCGAGAGCGGCUUGAACGUGCAAGAGAUCAAAGGGAGGAAACUGACUAUUUUCGGCGCUCCGGACAUUCCAGAGUGUGGCCCAGAGAGCUUCGCGUUUCAAUAUCCGCCUUCACAGCCUCCGUGGUUUAGCUUGAUACCCCCGCAGACUGAUAUUCUCGUGACUCAUUGUCCUCCGAAACAUCACAUGGAUCUCGGCCUUGGCGACCCUCAACUUCUGAAAGAAAUCUGGCGCGUCAAGCCCCGUCUUCACGUUUUCGGCCACGUCCACUGGGGCUACGGAAAGGAAUCCGUCUUUUUCGACGACAUGCAGCUUGCUUAUGAGCGACUUCUCUCCCGUCCACCCCGCGGUCCCUUUUGGGAUUUUAUCCCCAACGCCGCUUGGUGGGAUCACUUCUACGUGCUGUGGCACGGUGUUCACGCUGUGCUGUGGAAAUGGCUCAUGGGCGGCCCGGGUAGCAACCAGGGCAGCUUGAUGGUCAACGCCGCGCAGAUGUAUGGGAGCACCGGUAAGGUCAAGAAUAGGGCCAUUGUUGUAGACAUUUAG